UCACUCAAUAUUUGAAUUAGUUUUAUGUACUUUACCCAAUUUGUAUUGAAUUAUGCAUGGGCAGCAAUUCCAAACGGCAAUUGCAACAACAUAUGCAUGGGCGGCAAUUCUCUGUUAAACCUUCUUCUCUGCGACAAAGGCCAUCUGACCAAACCCUCAAAUCCCGCCACCGCCAAAGCCGUUACCACCACCAUUCUCAACCACCUCGACUCCGGCCGUCUCCGAAAAGCCGUCUCAAUCCUCUUUUAUGCCCCAUUCCCCUUCCAUUUUUCUCUAUACGCUCGACUCUUCCAGCUUUGUUCCUCCACCGGCAGCCGUGCCAUUGUCGAGGCCCGCAAGGUCGAGUCCCAUUUGUUUACAUUCUCCCCCACCCCGCCGGUGUUUCUAGUGAACCGUGCCAUCGAGGCCUUUGCAAAAUGCGGGUCUUUGGGGGAUGCGAGGGAGCUGUUCGAGGAAAUGCCUCAGAGAGAUGGGGGAUCUUGGAAUGCUUUGAUAACGGCGUGCUCACAAAGUGGGUCUCCUGAGGAAGCCUUUCGCUUGUUUGUGAAAAUGAGUAGGUCAGGUUUUUUGCCGAAUGAGAUUACGUUUGCUAGUGUUCUUGGCUCCUGUGCUGCUGUUUUGGCGCUUUCGCUUUCGAGGCAAGUUCAUGGACUAAUUGUCAAGUAUGGUUUUGGCGGGAAUGUGGUUAUAGGGAGUUCACUUGUUGACAUAUACGGGAAAUGCGUGAUUAUGGAUGAUGCCUGUAAAAUAUUUGACGAGAUUAAGAACCCGAAUGACAUUUCAUGGAACAUAAUCGUGAGGCGGUAUCUGGAGAUGGGUGAAGGAGAGGAGGCAAUAGUUAUGUUUUUCCAGAUGUUUAAGGCAGCUGUAAGGCCACUUAAGUUUACCUUUUCUAAUGCUCUUGUUGCUUGUUCGAGUAUUUCUGCACUUGAUGAGGGGAUACAGAUUCAUGGAGUUGCAAUUAAAAUGGGGUUCGAUGACGAUGAGAUUGUUUCAAGCUCCCUUAUCGAUAUGUAUGCUAAGUGUGGGGAUUUAGAGAGUGCCAGUGCAAUUUUUGACCAGCCCAAUUCAAAAGAUGUGAUUUCUUGGACUUCAAUUGUUUCUGGGUAUGCAAUGAGUGGACAGACAUGGAAGGCCAGAGAGCUCUUCGAUGAGAUGCCCGAACGCAAUGUAAUAUCUUGGAAUGCAAUGCUGGCCGGGUAUACUCGCUACUCCCAGUGGGAAGAGGCAGUGGAUUUUCUAUUUUUGAUGCGGAACACAACCAAUAAUAUUGAUCAGGUCACUCUUGGGUUGAUCCUCAAGGUGUGUGCUGGCCUUUUGGAUGUGGAAUUGGGGAAACAGGUGCAUGGAUUCAUAUACCGGCACGGUUUCUCUUCCAGUAUGUUUGUUGGCAAUGGCCUUCUUCACAUGUAUAGUAAAUGUGGGAAAAUGAGAAGUGCCAAAACAGUCUGGUUUCACCAAAUUAGUCACUGGCGGGAUAGAGUUUCUUCAAAUGCUUUGUUGAGUAGCUAUGCUCGUCGUGGCCGGAGUGAACUAGCUAUGACAAUUUUCUGCGGGAUGCAAUGGUAGGAAACACCGGAUUAGUUUACGUUUUCAAUUCUCCCUGCAGCUUGUGCAAAUAUUUUUGCUCUUGAGCAAGGCAAACAAAUACACGGUUUCAUGAUCAGAAAUGGUUACACAAUGGAUGGUGUGGUUAGAGGGGCUUUACUUGUCAUGCAUUCCAAGUGUCGGUCUAUCUACUAUGCUAUCAAGGUUUUCAAAGAAGGGGGUUCGCGAGACGUGGUUCUGUGGAACUCCAUGAUUUUUGGGAUGCUGUCACAACUACAGUUAAUGACUGCUAAUGAUAUGCAAACAGGAGCUGACAGCACUUCGCCAACUUUGAUGUGCCUAUUUUAUGUGCUUGCACGUUGGAAAGUCACCGUUUUGUUUAUCAUUGCAAAUCAGGGUUCAGGAGGAUACACCCUUUCUCCUCUCUUUUUUCCUGUAUGCUUCGCUUCUGAUAGCGUUGCAUUAACCGAUCUAUCUUGUAACUUAGUACUUAACUGAUGCAGAAACAGGCAAACAAGAAUAGUAAAGGCUUUGCUAGCAGCCAUCUUCGAUUCAAUUUCUUGCGUUGAAUUACUGUUUUAUUGAUUUGUUAAAAGUAUUUUACGAAGAA